AUGUCCUCGAAGACUCUGCAGCGCAGGGGCAUCUCGAUGGCCUCGCGCUUCUUGAGCCUCGCGCCCUUCGCCUCCGCCGCGCUGGCCACGAAAGUCCCGAGCUCGAUCUCGUCCAGCAACGCCAGGUCCAGGGGCUCGUCAAUGCUCGUGGCUCGGAUGGCUGGAGCAGGUGCCCUUGCCUAUGCCGCGGUUCCUCGACCCUCGCCUCUUGCGGCGCCGGGGCUCCCUGCUCGCCGCCUUACAAGGCUGGCCGCCGUCGGCGCCGCCGAGGCGCUGCGGGGGUCGCUGGCGCCGCCCUUGGAGUGCCCGUUGCCGCCGCCGCGACAAGGGCUUCUUCCUCUGGAGGGAUGA